CAUCGCCAAAAUAUAGUCAGAAUGUUAAAGGAGUUCGUCAUUUUUGCAAGUUUGAUCUUUUUAAGUUAUGCUUGUUUGAUUACGAAUUGUCCUCGUGGCGGGAAGAGGGGUGAUAUCGCACCUUCUUUAGGAACUGUUGUACGGGAAUGUCCUUCGUGUGGUCCUAACCGUCUAGGUCAAUGCUUUGGGCCUUAUAUUUGUUGUGGCCCUAGUAUCGGUUGCUUCAUAGGCACACCAGAAACAUAUCGGUGCAGAAAGGAGAGUCUCUAUACCAGGCCCUGCGUCGCUGGAUACGCGAUGUGUCGUGGAAAUACAGCGAGAUGCGCUUCAAGUGGGAUUUGCUGCUCGCAAGAAUCCUGCCACAUGGAUACAUCAUGCAGAAUUCCCGACGUUGUUGGCAACGAUAAAAAACUCGACGCUAAUUUGAACGUGAUACUCCCAGGCAGCGAAGUCUCUAGCGAAAUACUACAAUAAUCUAACUAAUUGACUUCACAGUUAUCGUUUAGUAUUCUGAUACUUUGAAUUGUAACUGUAAAAAUACAACUAUGCAGUGUCAACGAUGAAACAAAUAAAAGUGCAAGUCUAUAUGUAAACUAUGCAGCACAAUUCUUUGAAAGAGAAACGGAUAAACUCCUGCUAUUUAACAGUAUUCUAUUAGACGUCUUAACGAUGUAUUUUAGACAUGCAUGUUCUCUG